AAUGUUAGAAGAAAAAUAUAAACAUAGAAUAAAGAGAAAAACGAAAACCAUAUAACAUUCGAGGAAAUGUUCGAGGAAAAGAAAAAGUUUUACAGUUAUUGAAUUCGAAUUUGUUUUAUUUUCUUCUUCUUUUUUCAGAUCAAAUCGAACAUGAGAAAAUACAUAAUUUCGAUACUUAUAAUUUACCUCUCGAGUUUUACCUUCAAUUUUUGUUAAUCAGUCGAAAUGGUUUAAAGUUUUAUUAGCUUAAAUUGCGAAUUGAUUGUUUAUGUUAUCAGAAAGUGAAAUUUGUUAUGUAAUGUGAAACUUUUUGUUUCUGUUUAAUUGUUAAAUUUGUGUCGACAUAACUUAAUUUAAAUUCGUUAUAACAAUUAACUGGACCAAUGGAUUCACCACCUUAUCAAAGUCGUGUCUUUUGUGUUGAUAAUCAAAGUAUCAACGUUUUUGAUGAUACUAAUCAAAAUGAUGAUGAAAAUGAUGAUAAAUCAAUGAUUAAAGUUGAUGGUGAGAGUGAUGAUUAUUGUGAUAAAUCAUAUUACAUUGGAUUAGAUAAUAUUUUCCCUGACAAUAUUACCACUAAUUGUUAUCAACAUGAGAUUCAAGGAUUUACAGGAUCCCAAAUAUUAUCACAUCAGAAUCAAGUAUCACCUUUAAAUUGUGAUUUAUUGACAUCAACAAAUUCAAUAAUUGCUAAUCAAUCAACAAUAAUUCAACCAGCAUUAGCAACACCAUCAAAACAAUAUCAACAUCAACAACAUGCUCAACAAUUACUUCACCAGAAUUAGUUUCAGGAUAUCAACCUCAGCAUUCAUCAUCUUCCGAGUCCUCAAUGUGUUCAUACAUAAAUCAACCACAUCACCAUCACCACCUUCAUCAUCAUCAUCAACAAAAUCGACAACAACAACAACAACAACAACAUCACCAUAAUCCACACACUCAAUCAACAUUAAUCUACAAUAAUAAUAAUAAUUUAAACUCGACAAUUUAUGAUUCCAAUUCCAUCCAAGAGAUUCGAGUAGCAUCAUUACCACUCUGUGAAUUUUAUCCUCCUUCCUCAUCGCCCUCAUCACUAUUGUCCACAAAUCACUCCCACCAUCAUGGUCAUCACUCUCAUUAUCAUCCUCAUGGUCAUUCAUAUUCUCAUCAUUUGCCACCACAACCAAUAGUAUCCUCAGUUUCUUCAUCAUCUCCACCGCCACCGACACCGCAAUCGGUGCCCACAAUCCAGAUAAGCUCACCUUCCCAUUUAGAAAGUCCUUACCAUGAGCGAUCACAAUCAUCUCUCUCAAAUCAACAAUCUAAUCAAUUAUCUAAAUCUUUAUCAUCUCGAGGAUCAAUAUUAUCAAGAUUAAGAUCAAUUCUAUCAAAUUAUCUUCCCUUCAUCAUAGUUACAUCAAUUCUGUCAGUUGCAGUGGCACUUUUAAUCUCAGCAUCAAUCAUAUAUUUUCAGAUUCCAACCGGGUACAAAGAGUAUAAUUGUGAUCGAGUUAAUUGUAGUAAUCAAUCAACUUGUAUUCGAGAUGAUAAUUCGGGUGAGGAAAAGUGUAUCUGCAAUGAAGAUUGUCCAUUGGAUGGUCGUAAUGUUUGUGGUACCGAUGGAUUAACUUAUCCAAAUGAGUGUCUACUUAAUCUUAAUUCUUGUCAGAAAAAUAUAAUCAUUUUAAUAGCAAAUUAUGAUACUUGUGAUGUUUGUAAAAAUGUUCAUUGUAAAUACGGAGCCGUUUGUUCAAAGGGUUCAUGUAUCUGUCCCACCGAGUGUCCAAACACCCUGGAACCCGUUUGCUCAUCAGAUGGAUUAACCUACACCAAUGAGUGUCACUUGCGACAUUCAAUUUGCUCAAACGGAAUUCCUCUGACAGUUUCUUAUUAUGGUGAAUGUCAUGAGAUGAGAAGCUCAGAAACCAGUGAACUCAUCGGCGGGGUAGGCUAUAUUCAAACCUGUGAUCCAAAUACUUGCCUUUAUGGUGGUACCUGUGAUUAUGAUAAUAAAGGGAUACCCCAAUGUCUUUGCUCUUACUCGUGUCCGUCCCAAGAAUCUGAUGAAGACCAAGUUUGUGGGAGUGAUGGUCGUUUGUACGAAAAUGAAUGUAAACUCCAAGAAGAGGCUUGUCGUCGACAACAAGACAUUAAACCCGAAAAUUUGAUUUCAUGUGAAGAAAGUAAAAUAAUCCCAUGUAAUGGCGAAGAUGAACCGUUACCUGGGCCUCAGUUUACUUGUGAUACCAAUGAGACUAAAGUGACCAGUGUUGAUGAAAAUACCGGUAAAAGUUUAUCAUGUCCAUCUGAAAGUUAUUGCCAUAGAACUAGUCACUUUGCUAAAUGUUGUCCAGUUAAAAGUGAAUCAGGUUUAGUGAUUAACUGUAAUAAAACUGAUCAUGGUUGUUGCCCUGACGGUUUAACAUCUGCCCCGGGGCCAAAUUACUCUGGUUGCCCAUCAAAGUGUAACUGUAAUCGACAUGGUUCUUAUGCUCUUACCUGUGAUCCAAAUACUAAUCAAUGUCACUGUAAAUCGGGUGUAGGGGGUAUUCAAUGUGAUCGAUGUGAACCAGGGUAUUGGGGUUUACACAAGAUAUCAGAGGGUAAUGCUGGAUGUAUCCCUUGUUCUUGUAACAUGAAUGGAUCAGUUCGUGAUGAUUGUGAACAAAUGACCGGUCGAUGUAUAUGUAAACAUGGACUCCAGGGUAUGAAGUGUAAUGUUUGUCCAAAAGAUUCAGUUCUAACCCCUGAUGGAUGUUCAGAUAUUUCAUUGACUAAAGUUCAUCCAGGAACAUGUUCAGACCUUGAAUGUAAAUUUGGAGCAAUUUGUCAUAAUAUUACUGAAGAUUCAGUAAAGUGUAUCUGUGAUAUUAAAUGUUCAUUUGACCAGGCACGUAAACGAUUGGUCAAUUCGGGUGCUGAACGGAUUUGUGCCUCAGAUGGAGUAACAUACCCGUCAGAAUGUGGACUUCGGCUUUAUGCUUGUCGAAUGCAAAAAAAUCUGACCGUCCUUUAUCAAGGUGAAUGUUCAAUCUAUUCAAAUAAUAGCAGUUCAACAACAAUCAGUGAUCACUACCAUAGUUUAUCGUCUUCAUAUCUCUCAUCAUCUUCAUUAUUAUCAACAACAACCGCAGUGUUUGUAUCAUCUUCAUCUUCAUUGGUUACAUCGUCUUCAUCAACAACAACACCAACAUCUAUCUCCUUCCCACCGACAACAAUACCUUCAUCUUCAAUAUUUUCUUCAGUCUCACCUUACUCACCACCCACACCAUUAACAUCAACAAUGUCUUCAUCAGGCUCAAGUGAAUCUUUUACCCAGAAUCCAUUGAAAAGAUCAACAGUUUAUAAGACGACACUUCAAGAUUCUGAGAAUCCUUCAGUUUAUUCAGAGAAACCAUCUCAUGAGCCAAGUGUAUCAUCUUCAAGUUCAUCAUCAUCAUCAUCAUCAUUAUCAUCACCUAAUGAGAAUGAAGUUUCAAGUACAAAACCAACAUCAAUAUUAUUACUCGAUAAUGCGACUGAAGUUAAGAUGAUGAUACCACCGAUUAAAUCAAUUUCCAUUCCAUCUUUUUUCGGUGAAUCUUUCAUCGAAAUGCCUCGAUUAAAUGCUUACACUCGAUUGUCCAUCGAACUAGAAUUUCUGACCUUCUCCGAAAAUGGUUUACUCGUUUAUAAUGGACAAACAUCGAGUGGCGAAGGUGAUUUCAUAUCGAUAUCAAUCAAAGGAGGAUACAUUGAGUUUCGUUAUAAUCUUGGAUCUGGAACUGUUAUCCUAAGAUCAAGUGAGAAAAUAUCAACUCGAGAACGAGUUAAACUGGUAGCUAAGCGUUACCUUCGUGAUGGCCUCUUAACAGUUGAUCGUCAGCGAGAUGUGGCUGGUUCAGCUGAAGGAGAUCUGAAAAAUUUAGAUUUAGCCGAAAAUUUGUACAUUGGACAUUUGAUCGCGAUAAAUAAUUCAAGUAAAAUCUAUGAUAACAUUGGGAUAACAAAGGGUUUCAUUGGUUGUCUUUAUUCAAUGAGAAUUGGUCGUAAUCCAAUUAACUUGACUUACCCUGGUUCCAAUGAUAUUAUCCGAAUGGUCAAUGUUAUUGAUUGUAGUGAGUUACCAUGUUUCUCAAGUUCAAAAUAUAAUAAUAGUGAAUCUUUAUCAUGCUCAUCGUCAACAUCACCAUCAUGAUCAUACGCCUCUUGGUUAUUAUUGGUCAUUCUCAUCAUCUGUCUGCUAUUGGAUAACGUUGUCCAUUCAUGGUAACCAGAAUGAAGCUCAUCCAAAUCCAUUGGAAUCUUUUAUGUUUUGUUUUGCUUUCCUUUUUUUUAUCAUUUCAAGUCUUUCAAUGAAUUCUCAUCACCAUGAGAUAUAAUGAUGAUCAUUAUUACUUGCAAUUCAUUCACACACUUACAAGCGUAAGGUAAUCAAUCAACACGAGAGAUAAAACCAUUUCCGCCUUAUAGUCUGAAUGUAAUAAUAUCAGUUGAUAUGACUGAUUGAACAGACAGAAAAACUGAAUUCCUGUGAUCUUAUAUCAUGAAAUAUAUCUACGGGUUAUAUUGCAUUUGGAAUCAUAUCAAACAUGAUGAUGAUGAUGAUUACAAGCAAACAGUAAGGAAAAAGCAUCUUCAUCAGAAUCAAUAUCAUGAAGUGAAGGGAAAAAAAGUAAGGAUAAAAUGGAUUACAUCAAGAUGAAGGAAUCAGAAUCGUGGCAGAAAAACAUUCCAAUAUUAAAAGAACUUUUCGUUUUCUCUUUCUUCGAUCAUCUUGUUCUUCACUUCAAGUACUAGUUCGAUAUAUACAUGGAUCUGGAUGAGAUGGAAAAAGUAAGAAACAUUCUUAGGAUGAAUUUCCUUGGACUCGAACAUAUUAAUUUCUAUCAAGGUUUAUUCCUGAUUCUAUUGUUCAAUGUUGAAAGAAUUCACCUGAAUACAUCAUUUUUCCACCAUGAUGAUGUCCAAAGUUUGUGAUAGAUGAUUCUGAUUAGAUUCUGAUGAUCAUCAUGUCUCAUCAUGUUUUUAUUUGUUCAUCAAGUUAAUAUUAUAUAAAAGUUUUUCUUUUGCUUUAAUGAGAUCAGUUGAUCAAUAUAAGAAAUUAUAACAACCAUGGGAAUUCAAUGUAUUCCAUGGUUGAAUCAUGUUCUUCAUCAUCAUGCUGAAUUAUUCUGUAACAAUAAUAAUAUCAUGAUUUUUUUUUCUUAUCGAUUCUCACUGAUUAAUCAGUAUAAUCAAAAUUGUUACUCUUUUUAUUAUUUUAUAUAAAUAACCAAAUAAUCAUCAUGAAAGUUACAUCAUCUUAUAUAUAUAUAUUGUAUCUUUAUAUACUAAUACCAUGUAAUAGUUAUCAUCAUGA